AUGGUCGCCUUAGAAAGACGCUUUUUGACAAUCGUACUUUGCUGGACGCUCCUUUCUGCGGGGGUCGCGCGGUACCAGAAGUCCAGUUUUAGGACGUUCCCAAGGGAGGAGCUCGUGCCCCUCGCGGCUGCAUACGGCCUGGCUCUGGAGCACUAUGCAGCACAAAACUGGACGGAAUCUAUCAGUCACAUGGAGCGGAGCUUGCGUUUGCAUCGUCUGCAAAGGGACAGUGAGAGAUAUUGCAUAAAGCACUGUAAUGAUACGAGGUCUGAUGGCGAGCCCUCCUUUUCUGGAGACCUUGAUCUCGGUGUCUACUGGCACGUUAUGAUACGAGCGUCUUGUCUGACCAAGUGCAGAUCACACUUCCCAAUUCUUUCUCUUCCCUAUCCAAGCAAAGAGAUGAUGGAAGACUUUGACAGAAGGUUGCCCUACCGAUACCUGUACUUUGCUCAUUCCAAGCUGAAUGAUCUCCAAAGCGCUGUGCCGUGCGCCCACACCUACCUCCAGAAGAACCUCGAUGACCAAGAGAUGAACCGACUCAUGGAAGAACACAAGAGCCAAUACGACCUGAGCGGCUACCUCGUCGACUAUGAGGAACGACCCUAUGAGGGCUCCUUCCUCAAAGCGGUGACCCUCAUCAGUUCAGGGGAUUACAGCAGCAGCAUUGACCACAUGGAGAAGGCGUUGAGACUGUACUUCAAGGAGUACGACAUGUGUCAAGCAGAAUGUGAAGGGACCAAUCGACCGUCCCAAGUCAAAGACCUCUACCCCGUCUUGGCAGCUGUCUACACGGAAGCAUUAAAGUGCAAGUUGAAGUGCGAGGAAAAACUGAUGCCCAACAUCGGUGGCUACGUUGUGGAGAAAUUUGUUGCCACUAUUUACCAUUACCUACAAUACGCUUAUUAUAAAUUAAAUGAUGGCUGCAGAGCUGUGCCCUGUGCAUCCAGCUACGUCCUAUUUGAACCAGAGGACCAGGUCAUGAAGCAGAACCUGCUGUAUUACCAGGCCUACAGUCAACAGUGGGGCCUUCAGUCCAACCACUUUGGACCAAGGAAGGAGGCUCUUAGAUACUACAACCUGACUGUAAUACAAAAGCAGAUGCUGGUAUUUGCAGAAAAAUACUCGCAUUUGGAUGAUGAGGAGUUCUUUGGCCCAGAAGAAGCUGCGCUGGUGGCUCCCGAUUCACCUGAUGUGGAGUUUGAAGGUGUAGGAGACUACGAGGAGUCCAUCUACGCCAAGUGGUCACAGCCUGAGGGCAAAGGGGACACUGGGGUGUCUUAA